UGCGCAUCCCAACAACAAAACUUACAUUUUGAGGUUAAAUUCGCUCUUCUCUCAUUCCCGCACGAAUUUCAUUAUUCCAUCGCUCCAAAGACAACAAUUGGAAAGAACAUAAUCGAAAAAAUUGCCUGAGAUCACUCGUUGAGUGAUAAACAAGUGUUGAAAGCCCGUUACCCGGAAGAAAAUAGUGGCAAAGGACUUGCAUACUGCAGUUAUGUGCUUCCCUUACAAUAAUAGGAUUGUUUUAUGGUGAUAAUAUGUCAAAAUCAAACAUAAGAAAAAUAACAGUUGACCCUACGAAAUGUAAUACGGACUCACGGAGGCCAAGUGUUUUUGAACGUUUGGGUACCAAACCAGUGGCCACUGGAACACAACAAAUAACGUCUGAUUAUUGCAGGAAUUGGGCUUUGAAUGGCAGUUGUUCGUAUGGUAAAACUUGCAAAUAUGCAAUCACCCAUACCCUCAUAAGUCCCUCAAAAAGAGCAAAGAAGGAUACAGCAAAUGCCAGUACUCCAGUGACGAAAGAGGAUUCCUUCAAGCGCGUUACUUCGAAAAUCGUCAAGAAAACUCCCCACUCUCCUGACCUUAAUCUCGAGGAGUGGAAUCAAACUGAUCUCGAAUACGAGGACGAGAAGGUCCUAGAGCGUCGCCGCCAGCUAUUGCAGCGUGAGCUGGAACUACAGAUGAAAAAGGACAAAGAGGUCCACACAAAAGAUCGGCCCAAGCAUAAAAAGAAAGCUAUGACUUCGUCCUCCUCUUCGCACUCGUCCUCUUCCUCCUCGUCCUCCAGUUCAUCGUCCAGCGAGGACUCGUCCUCCUCGUCGUCCUCCUCAUCGCGGAAAAAAUUGAAAAAAAUAAAACAGAAGCGUGCGCACAGCCCUGCCUCGGAUUAUGAUGAAGAUAAGGACCGAAAGAAGAAACUAAAGCUCAGAAGACUAGCAAAGACUGAUAAGGUCCCAAAGAAAAAGCGAAAACUUGAGGCCACACCCUCAAAAAAGGACAAGGAUCUGCCAAAGCCCUCGAAGAAGGCACCUCCGCAGCGGAAGCACUCGGUAAUUCGUCCGAAAUCCCCUGUGGCUUCCGGAAAGCCGAAAGAGCUUCGGAGUGAAUCCCCGGUGAAGAUGAAACGUGAUCUUUCUAAAGAAGUCCCAAAACGCGUGAGUCGACCAUCGGAGGACCCCAAAGAUCCGCUCAAGGAUCUCAAAUCAAAGGCAGAAAAGUCAAAAGAUAUUGAAAAACCGAAGCUCCGUCUUCCUGAGGACAAACCGCCCUCAAAACCAAAAUCAAAAUCGAAGGAGAGAAGGUCCCGAACUCCUCCCAAACCUCAAAAAUCGCCCAUUCUUAUAAAACGGAGGAGUAGAACCCCGGAAAAGCGCCCGAAACGGGAGUCACCAAGGCCUUCGAAGCCGUCCUCGAGGCCCUCGCGACCCUCAGCAGUGCCUCCUAAGCCCAAAGACCGAGAGCUUCACAAGCUCGACCGGAAGGACCAUGAUACCCUUAAAAAGGUCGAAACCAUGAAACCCCGAACUCUCAUGGAAGACCUCCGCAAGCCCUUGCCGCGAGACGUUGAGGACAAACGACGGAUUAAGGACCAUCGGGAGGAUCGCAAGCCAACUCAUGACCCACGGGAGGAAAAAUUCCACCAAAGACGGGACAAAGAUCGGGAGGAUCGUCCACGUGAUCUUAAAGAUGUAAAAAUGGCACCCACUCCGUUGAUGGAUAAAAGGUAUUUGCGGGAAAAAGAGAAGCCAAAAGAACUCCUCCCAAAGGAUGAUAAAUUACCGAACAGAGAUCGACGAGGGGAUCGAGAACGGGAUCGCAAUCCUGCCAAGUUUGAGAAAUAUGAGAAGGAUCAUAGGUUCAGGGAGCGGUCUCCGGAGAAGCCAAAUAUGGAGCGAGAGGUUUAUGACAGAAAUCGUCACAGAAGGUUCGGGAGGUUCGAGGAUAGAAAGGAGAAGGAGUUUCCAUCAAAGGUUGAGAGGAGGGAAAGUCCGAGAGGACUAGAAGUCGAUCGGAGUUUCGAUAGAGGUUAUCAAAGAAUGGAGUGGGAGGGCCACGAGGAGGGCCACUUCCACGAGGACGAGCCAAGAAGAAAGAACACUGAAGGCCGAAAAUUCAAUUCUCCAUUCGUUGAGAGACGAAAUCGAGAAAGGGAGGAAAGAGGGGAGGUCAGGAGGUAUCCGGAGAGAAACUUUGACGAGCACCAUCAUCACUUUCCGCAGGAGCCUAGGGAGAAGGUCAGGAGUCUGGAAAGAAGAGAGGAGGUUGAGAAUAAGUGGGAGGAGCAUGGGAGGGAGAGGUAUCCCGUACCUCAGCCCUUGGCGACUGAAUGGGAAGACCGGGAGUGGAGCUCUACUAGACCUAGACAAGGCUCUAGGGCGGAUCGCGAGUGGGAACGAGAGAGUGUUCCGAGAUCGGAAGCACAUGAUGAGGAAUGGAAUCAGAGGUAUGACAGUCCAAUAGCAGAUUGGAAGGUCAAUGAGUCGGCGAAUAGGAAAUGGGAGAACCCUCAAGUACAUCUUCGAGCGAAUUACAGGAAUGAGAGGCUCAAGGAGAUGGAGAUUGAUCAUCAUAAUAAGAGGAGACCAUAUGGGACUGGUACCCCAGAGGUCGAUGGAGGAUCACAUGGCUCUAAGCAGAGUUCCCUUCAUGGUAGUAUGAAGGAGGAGCCAAUUAACAAGAAGUUGAUGGAGCUAGCCGAGGGCCGACCUCGGCGGAGUAGGGAAAAGUCAGCGGAUUCAUUUGGAAAAAAAAGUGUGAUGAAGGAGAAAGGAGGUUCAGGAGCCUUGGGAGGGCUCAUUCUGACAGAAGUGAAGGACCUGGUGGAGGCAAAAAGAUUAUGUCUGGAUGAAUCCGUAGCUCAUCAUACGGAGAGUGAUCUGAGUGAUAUCAGUGAUGACCCUGAUGAUAUAUUAAAUAUGGAGGAUGAGAACGAUAAGAAGGUUGUUGAGGAGGACAGCUUGGCAGCUACGCCUCAGGAGCUUCAUGAGUCGCCGGAGCAUGUCCCUCAAGGGCUUGAGGACCCUGGAGUCACUCCCAAAGACAAGAAGGAGGACAAGGAGGAGAGAGAAGAGCACAUGGAGGAGGACAACAUGGAGACGAUGGACUUUGAGGAAAUUUCGGAUGGGGAGCUUGAGGAGGACAUUAAGACUAGUGGAAAGGGCCUCGGCGAUGCCCUCGGAGUGGACUGGGAGAGUCUUGUUAAAGAAUCACAACCGAGGAGGGACAAUCAGGAGAAUGAGGACAGCGCACAGGGCAGGUGGCAAUGCAGGGCCAUCUUCCAAAGGAUUGGCAUCUCCAGGAGAUACGCUGGAGACGAUCUGAUGGAGAAGAUCGGUAGGAAGUAUGGAAAUGGGGGAGAGUUUUUGUUGAGUGGGGUGGCUAUGGUGCAUGCAGGAAUGUGGCGACAGAAGGUUAUGGGGGAGAGUGAGGAAAGGGGUGAGGGCGGGAGUGAUGAGGAGGAUGAGGAAGUAUUGAAGCCCUUUGUGGGGCUUUUUGAGGAGGCUAAACAGAUAUUAGAACAAAGUUGUUGAAUAAGAAAGGAGUUGGAGAGACGUCAAAAGAGAUAAGAACGACUCGGUUUUGAAGGUUUAGGACCUUGGGAAGAGCGAGCAGAAUUUUUGGGCAAGGUUGUUAGGGCGUGGAGGAGUUCGUGGAAAUUUUGGGAAUGAUCACAUAAGGCCAAAAGAAAGUGGGACUAUUUUGCGAUUCAAUAGGGAUAAUUAAAUGGUCUGGGAAUAUUUCGAAUGAGAUCUCAGGCGGUUUCAACAAUUUGCAAUCACCACUUUAUUGACUAAAUAGCGAAACGUUCAAGUUUAUUGAAUAAAAUGCUAAUUUAAUUGUUUCGAAUGCUCUGUACUUUUGUGGAAAAUAUCAAGGGGUGUUGUUGGAAACUAAAAAUUAAUUUCCCUGUUUCAUAAAACGCUUCAGAUGAAAGUACAGAAUGAAAAAAAGAUAACUUCUUUUCAGGUAGUUGACGAAUAUGUGAAAAAACCCUAAAAGAAUAAUUUUUCACUUUAGCUGAAUUACCGAUUUUUGUUUGGAAAUUUGAUAUGAUGUGCCAGGACCAUUCAACAGUGUUUAUUGAUGAAUUCCAUGGGCGUUUUAUUGUGGUGAGGAGGACUGUACGGGGCACUGGUGGGUGCCGUGAUGGGUAUUCUUGUUUGAUCAAUAUAAUCAGGGGUUAGUGCCUGUUGAGGUAUUCGAAGUCUUGAGUGACUUUAGAUCAUCCGGUGAUGCUACGUCAUCCUGCAGAAUCUCCACGGCCUUGUCGAGGAUUUUCCGGGUAUUCCUCUUGAAUUCCUGGAGCAAGAAGUAGUAAAAAAGAACAAAAUGUAAAUUAAAUAUAUGAGAUUAUGCCGGUUGAUGGAUUUAUCAUCAGAUUUGUCGAUUGAUGAUUGAUCAUUUUUAGGAAUAAUGGCGGAAUCUAAUGCUUAGAUAUUAACCAUAAUGUAAUGUAAUUAGAAAGCAAACCGAUAUCUUUUGUUAAUAAAUUAAUUACUCAUCUA